GCACCUUUACUCGUUCUCCCCACUGUAGCUACAUUUAUUUUUGCCAAAGGAUGCAGCCAAAUACUUUAACUUUAAACAUUAACUGCAGAUGUCUAAAAAUCUUACAUAUUGCCUCUUCAAGUAUGCUGUCGAUGUAACAUGGCUAGCUACUAUAGAAGUGUUUUCAAUCUUUAGUGCUUUAGACCAAAUCUUUCUCAGUUCCCAUUGAGUCAGUUGGUCAUCAAAAGGAAAGUUCAAAACAGUAUUUUGGCGACCGGUGAAAUGUAUGAGUCAUGCAUUUUUGGCUAUAAGGAACUAGAAUGUGAUUACAACUAGGCCUCAGUGUUUUUGACCAAACUACAUUGUUACUACGGUUAGUAAAAAUUCCUACCCUUUUAAAAAUGACGUGACGCACAGAGGUAUGAAUUGUUCUUCAUUAGUGAAGUACAUCUUUAGAAAACAGGGCGUUUUUCUCUCAUCCACACAUGCUAUUAACUCAAUUCAACUCAUUUAGUUUUAUAGUCAAAACAAGAGUCUAUAGCUCCAAUUCUAGGAAGUGAUGUGGCUAAAAGGACUAUCAGGAGGGAAACAGCCGUCAGACAACACCCUGUUGGGCAUCGUCCCGUCCUCCCGCAUAAGAGAGGAGAACAGAAGUCAAAUAUGUGAGUAGUGAGAGUCUGUGAGGCCCAGUAUAAAGGCACUGAAAGCUCUUUGAAAGGUAACUCUGCUUGUCACAAAAUGCCUUCAGAAAGUAUUUAGACCCCUUCACUUUCUCCACAUUUUGUUGUGUUAUGGACUUUAUUUAUAAUUGAUUACAUUUAUUUCUAUUUGGUAUCAUUCUACAUAUACGUUUUUUUAUUCAAUUGAUUGGACAUGAUUUACAACACACACCUGUCUAUGUAAGGUCCCAUUAUUCACAGUGCUUGUCACAGCAAAAAAAGGCUAUGAUGUCCAAGGAACUCUCCAUAGAUCUCUGAGAUCAAAUUGUCAAGAAAGAGAGAGAACCUGAGGAAGCUUAUAAAAAAAAUGGCUAAAGCAUUGAAAGCAGCACAGUGGGCUCCAUUAUUGUGAAAUGGAAGACAUUUGGAACCACCAAGAGUUCUUAGAACUGGUCGUCUGGCCAAACAAAUUAACCAAGCAAGAAGGACCUUGAUCAUGGAGGUGACCAAGAACCCAAUGUCCUCUAACAGCUGCAGAGCUUUUUUGCUCAACUGGCCAGAAGGACAACCCUUCUCCAUCAAUCAGGACUUUAUGGCAGAGUUGCUGGCAUAUAAAGGCAUAUGCCCUGCUACCUGAAAGAAUUUUAGAGUAUGGGGGAAAAUAUUAUUUGGACUGGUGAGAAAUCAAACUAUUAGGCCUGAAUAGCAAGCACUACAUCUAGCAAAUACAAAGUACAUUUCAUCGCCUGGAUAAUACCACCCACCAUAGAGCAUGGUGGUGGGAGCCUCAGGCUAUGGGAAUGCUUCUCAGCAGCAGGGACUGAAAGACUGGUCAGGAUUGAGGGAGGGAUGGCAAAAAAACACUGAAAGGUUCUUAAACAUAGUCCAGAGAGCACAGGACCUCAGGCAAUAGUGAAGAUUAGUCUUUCAGUACAACAACGACACAGAACACAUAGACAAGACAACACAGAAUGGCUUUGGGACAAGUCUAUGAAUGUACUUGAGUGGACCAGCCAAAGCCUAGACUUAUUCUCGAUUGAACGUCUGUGGGGAAACCUGAAGAUCAGCAGUUCACAGUUCUCCAACCACUCUGACAAAGCUUGAGAGGAUUUGAAUGGAUUGAAGAAACCAAGUCCAAGUGUGAAAUGUUGAUUGAGGCUACCCCUGUAACACUUGAAGCUAUAAUUGCUGCCAAAGGCUUUUCCAUAAAGUACUGUAAAGGGUAUCUGAAUACUUAUGUGCAUCAGAUGUACAUUUUAUAUUCAAUAAAUUGGCAAACUUUUAUAUAUGUGUUUUCCCAUAGAUAUUGUGUGUAGAUGAAUGUGAAAAUGUUUAUAUAAUACAUUCUAAAUUAGGUCUAUAACACAACAAAAUGUGAAGAAAGUGAAGGGGUCUGAAUAAUUUCCAAAGGCAGUUUAUGAAACUGGUGUUACUUAGCACUGCUGUGAUGCGUGAACUAUUAUUGCCCCUUUGUAUCCGUUGGAAAACUGCUAACAGCUUCUUCCCUGCCUGGACAUGCUCCUUGGCAUCAACUUCCCCUGAAAGAGAUUUCCACCUGCAUGCAAUGCAUGCUGGGUAGACAGUGUUUGCACUGGAGCACCUGUGCCUCUAGGUGGCUGACCCCCGCUCCUCCUUCAUCGCUUCUCCUCCAUCAUUCUUAGGCUUCAGUCUCCACCCCACAAACCAGAUCUCAUUCUCCACUUUUGUCCAACUGAGUAUUUAACUCCUACUCCCUCCUUUUUUAUUAUAGAUUUUUAAAGAAAUGCACUAAACGUUUCAGGAUAGCCAUUGUUUCUUCACUAGAUAUCCUACUCUCCUCCCACCCUCACCACCAAAUUAGUGGAUGGUAAUUUGGUGUGUGCUCAGUUCUCAUGUGGUCAGCAGGAUUCGUGAUUUAGCAGUAUGUGACUUACAGGGACAAAAGGCUCAUGUGACAUCCUAGAACUAUAAUGGUUGUGUUAAUAUUACUGAAGAGCUUGUGACAGUAGGCAAUAUAGUUAUUUAUUAGCUUUAAUCGAUGGGACUAAUCACAGUUUUGACCAUCAUAAAAGUAUUUUAAUAAUGUCCCCUUUGAGAAUCAGAUGAAGGGAACCAAUGGUGUGGGGUAUUUAUGGACAGCUGUGUGUUUGUCUGUUUUCAUGUUUCAUGUGUCUGCAUUAAUAUGUUCCCUUGUCUUAGAUUGGAUCAGGUUAGUCAGUCUCUGCCUCAUCCAGUACAGCCCUCCACCCUCUUCCCUUAAUCUCAAGCACCAUUCACAAAUCCCAACCUCCAUUCUUCCUACACCUUUUUAUAGUAGCUGAACAUAGUAUUAUACAGUGAAUUCAAAGUAUUUGGACAGUAACUAUUGGGGCCAGAUCAGAACAGAAGUAGUUUGAACCAAGGAUUAAUCUGUGCCAGUGAAAUACAGUUGUGUGGAGAAUAAAAGGGACUGCCAAUAAACCUCUUCAUUUGUGAAAGAUUGUGAAGGUAGUGUAAUGGCUUAGGAAAGUAUGGGCGCAACUAGAACUGGCUCAUUUGUCUUUGUGCAGCUUGACUAGGAUUUCAAACACUGAAAUGGUCACCAAGGAGUUUUUCAGUCAACAAAAUGUAUUGAAUGGCCAAGUAAGUCACUCAAUUUAAAUCAAAUUGAGCAUGCCUUUGACGGGCUAAAGACAAGGCAAAAAGGCAGCCGAAACAAGCAGUAACUGAAAGUAGCUGUAAUUCAGGCCUGGCAUAGCAUAAGCAAAGGUACACAGUUUCUGGUGAUGUCUGUGGGUCGCAGAUUUCAGGGAAUCAUUGCAUGCAAAAAGGGAAUGGGAUAAUUUUUUCUAUUUCGGUAAUAUAGAAGAGUGACUUCUUUUAAAGUGCAUACAUUUUAAAAUAGUUAGAUGAAACAAAAACACAGCUUAGUAAUUAAGUGCAUUCUAAUCAACUAAUCAGUUAUUAUGACCAAGUACUAAACAACAACUUUAGUUAACAUACUGUUAAUCUUUUCAAAUACUUUUGAUAUCAUGAAAAUUAAAACUGACUAUCUGCACUAAAUAAAUAGUCAUUAUUUCAAAUCCAAAGUGAUACAAAACAGAUCCAAAAACAAAAUGUGUUACUGUCCAAAUACUAAGAGUUAACUGUACAUUCAAUACCGAGACCCAUUGCCCCUGCCUUGAAAAUCUGUCAUCUUAAUUUUUAUCCUCUGAAUUACCGGUAAGAGCGUGCACUGCCGCUCCCCAUCCCCUAUGCUAAACACUAACUCUGCCCACCUUGCCUGUAGUAUGCACACCCAUGCCAGCAGUGUUUUUUCUGUUCCAGGGAAUGAGGAACAGACUGACAUGGUAGCUGAGGUAUCAGGUUUCCUGCCUGCAAAGAGCUGCCUUACUAACCCAGUUGGUUUAGUGUGAAAGAUCCAAAUCUCUCUGUUGACAGUCUGCCUUGCAGACUUUACCUCAGGGGGAGCUAUAGUUCCAGCAGGUGGAGCUAUAGUUCCAGCAGGUGGAGCUAUAGUUCUAGUGGGGGGAGCUGUAUGUCCAUUGGUAAGCAGAGGUGAGAAAUUAAAAGGCCUAAUUUAGAUUACAGAAUAUAUAUUUCAAAUUCCGGACCGUUUGUAAAUGGUAGGUGAAAGAAAGGUGGAUGUUGACAAUCCUCUACAUUUGAUAUCUCUGUCAGGUGUUGCUUCUUAUUCUUUUCAUUCCUCUUAUGUUGUUAAUCUUAAAAGCUACCAGAAUUUGAUUUCAGCCUUCAAAACGCAAUAUCCUUAAUAUGCACCUAAAUUUAAACAAUACUACAACACAGUUUUGUCGAAGCAGUCUUUUGAUCGUGCAUGGAGAUAGUUGUUGUACCUAUGAAGGCCAGUCCUAUUUGAAAGCUAGACAAGAUGUCAGUUUAUGUAAUCUCCUUUUUGUGAGACAAGUUUAUGUUUAUGUGUGUGUCUGUCUACAUGGCUGUCCAUGUUCAAUUAGUGAGUGAGUUGUAUAUGGCCAAUAUCCCACAGCUAAGAGCUAUUCUUAGGCACAACACUGCAGAUUGCCUGGAUACUGCACUUAGCCAUGGUAUAUUGGCUAUACACCACACACAUCUUGUCCUAUUGAUUAAAUGUGCUCAUCUGACACUGGUUAGCAACGCUAUUAGAGCAGUAGAAAGUGAGGUGGUGUCAUACCUGUGAUAUAAACCAGAUGUUUUAACUCCAGAAUGCUGAUUGGCUGAAACCCGUGGUGUAUGUAAGCAACAAGCCACAAGGGGGUGUGGCAUAUGGACAAUAUACCACAAGUAAGAGCUGUUAGGCACAACCUACCUUGGAGUGUCAUACCCUGGGUAUAUGGUCUCAUAUACAACAGGUAUCAGCCAAUCAGCUUUCGAGAUUCAUAUCACCCAGUUCAUAAGAGACCAUAUAAAACAGGAGUGAUAUCACAUUGUUUUUACUACUCUAAUUGUGUUGGUAGUGAGGCAUCUUGGGAGUUGAGAUAUACAAGGCCAACUGAGAACCAUUUCCUACUUUCCCUUCAGCUGAAACAUUUGUUGGUGUGUCACUAGUCUAAAAGCUGUUUGCCCUAGAAAACCUUGUUUGAAAAUACUUAAUCCUAGAAAUAGUUUUCAUUGAUUGUAUUCAGAAGGAAUUGAAAAUAGUGGCAUUAGAAUCUCUGUGGCUGUCCCCCUUCUUUUCACCCACCGUCAAAGGCACCCUGUUAACUGUCACUCAAACUGAGAGCACCUAUUACCUGUCUUUCUGGGCUGACCCUCCCGCCUCCCCUGCCGACACACAAACACACCACUCCACUCCAGACAUCUAGCCUUGAGACACACCACAGACAGGCCCACUGGCACCACGACCUGGGAGCACAUGCUAACCUAAAAAGAAAGUUCACCACAGAAAGUGAUGAAGGGUUAAAUGACUGCCUCAGACUCGUCUCCUGACUCCUCUCUGUGCCAAACCACCACCCUGACACUUGACAUUCCAAGUGUCCCCUUUAUCCCUGACUGCCUGUGUAAAGUAGAGAACGGAUCAGCAACAUCAAUCUGAAGGAUCUCCUAUAAUGAAAAUGCAGCUUUAAGUAAUUGAGGAAUUAAGCAAUGUUCAGAAGGUGGGAUGAACCACCUUCCCAAAUCCCAUUACAAACAGAAGUGAUAAAUCGUGUGUGUCUGGUCAGAGAGAUGUCCAGGAGAGGAGGUCAGUGGGCUAGAAUUAGGAUAGGGGUCAGCCAAUAUGUCACCGCUAGGCCUGCUGCUGCUAGAUGCCUGCCACCCUCUGUCUGUCUCCCAGCCCGGGCACCUCCCCCUGGGCAUUGCAUUCAUUCCGUUCUCCCCAGUCGGGAAGGAGCCACCUCAACCCCACCUUCUCCCUCAGUCAUUCACUUCUGUUGAGCAUGUUCCGGUCUCCAUCAGCCCUGCAUCUUUCGCUCUGCCUGCUUGCACUUCUUCGCCCAAUCAGGUGGCUUCGCCUGCUGCUUCCCAGCCUGUCCUCAUAGCACCCGAACCAGCCCCCAAGAGUUACAGCCUGCAGCAGUCUUCCUCUGGUUACAGCACCCAAUUCAAAUCCUCAGUCUCCAGCCAAAGUAGCCAGGCUCCCCACAUACAACAAGCCCCACCCAUGUACCAGGGGCCUCCCAUGCAGCAGGGGCCCCCUAUGUACCAGGGGCAGUCUAUGUACCAGGGGCAUCCCAUGCAACAAGGACCUCCCAUGUACCAGGGACCUCCCAUGCACCAGGGACCUCCAAUGCACCAGGGACCUCCAAUGCACCAGGGACCUCCAAUGCACCAGGGACCUCCAAUGCACCAAGGACCUCCAAUGCACCAGGGACCUCCCAUGCAGCAAAGCUCAAUCCACAUCCCUGUUGGACCUCCGCCACCAAAGGUGGUCAGUACCGCCUGCAUUGUGCCAGCUCCAGCCCCUGCACCAGUCCCUGGGCCACCCCCUGCCACAUCCCAGGCCACCUCUGAACCCGCCUCCAGCAGGCCCCCCUGGGUCACAGACGACUCUUUCGCCAACAAGUUUGACCCCAAAAAGACCACCACCACCACCAUUAAAGUGCCUGCUCUACCUCAGGGUGCCCCGCCUGCACCGGCCUACAUCCCAAACCCCGGCUCCACCCACGCCCCUGCCCAAAGCCCUGCAUAUAACCCGAGCCCCGCACCCUACAACCCCGCCCCUGCCCCCUUCUCUCCGGUCGCCCGGGGUGUGGCCCAAAGGGCGGAGCGCUUCGCUGCCAACGUUAACAGAGCACCAUUAUGUGGAGCCUGCAACAGCCUGAUCAGGGGACCCUUCCUGGUGGCGUUGGGUCGUUCCUGGCACCCAGAGGAGUUCAACUGUCACUACUGCCACACGUCGCUGGCGGACUGCAGCUUUGUGGAGGAGCAAAACGCAGUGUACUGUGAGAACUGCUACGGGGAGUUCUUUGCCCCAACCUGUGCCCGCUGCAACACCAAGAUCAUGGGGGAGGUGAUGCAUGCUUUGCGUCAGACAUGGCACACCACGUGCUUUGUGUGCGCUGCCUGUGGCAAGGCCUUUGGAAACAGCCUGUUCCACAUGGAGGACGGGGAACCCUACUGCGAGAAAGAUUACAUCUCACUCUUCAGCACCAAAUGUCAUGGCUGUGACUUCCCAGUAGAAGCUGGAGACAAGUUCAUCGAGGCACUCGGUCAUACCUGGCACGACACCUGCUUCGUCUGUGCGGUGUGCAAUGUGAACUUGGAGGGCCAACCCUUUUACUCCAAGAAGGACAAACCCCUGUGCAAAAAGCAUGCUCACGCCAUCAAUGUGUAGAUUAUCCAUCUGCAGCCUUGUUGGGCGACGGGCAGUCGCUGACAUAGCUAUGCCCAAGCCUUGGCAGCAAGCCCUCAAGAGGGGGCAUUGAUGCUAAUAAAAAGAAAGAUAGAGAAACACAAGCUGAAGAAGAUAGGGAGAAGAUAGACUGUUUACUUAGCCAUGACAAAAUAUAUUUUGAGUAAUUUUAUUGGUUCUGAGACUCAAGACAUAACUGCCUAAAAUGUUAGUUAGGUCUGUAUUUAUUAACCUCACUCACCAAUGAUUUAUAAUUCAUAUUUUUAUAUAAUCUAAUGUUGAUGUAAAUACUGUGCUUUGCUGCUCCGCUCAGGUGCUGUAGGGCCUCAGUGUGGUAAGGCUGAAGCUAAAGCCUAACUAACCUACAGACACUGGUAGAUUGAGUGGAUUGGCCAGGGUUUUUCAGUAAAUGACAUGCCUUAAUUCACAGAAUCACUAUGUGCUCUGUUUUGAAUGUAAACGCCCAAAUAGCGAAACACUAAUAGCUUGCAGUGAAUGUUAGAAAAACGUACCAUUAUAAAUAUUGCAUUUAACACGAGGUCUCAUGCUGGUCAAACAAGCACAGCAUGCAAACUGAUGCAGUGUACCAUGAAAAAUGUAAUAAUGUUUGAUAACACUAAUGAGUAUUUAUUGCAACUUUUACAGUGUUAUUUAUUUAUGUCAAAUAAAUUGAAAUGCAAUAUAUAGACAAAGGAUAAAAUGUAAGUUUAACAUCCACAAAAAUGUUAGAUAAUUAUUUUGUUAAAUUAUUUACGUUUUUUCUAUGAAUGCAGCUGCAUCAUACAGGAUUUAUAUGAAGGCCUUCACCUAAAGCGUUCCAUCCUGGUUUCAUUUGAAUCCCAGUAAAAUGUGUGAAAUCCUUCUAUGAUUUAGUAAUACUAUAGAAGCGUUUGGGAUAUAGAUGAGACAAAAGCCAUAUGGGUACGUUGAUGAGGUAGAAAAGCUAGGCUUUAUGGAAUUGGCUCCUGACUUGAAAUCAAGGAACCUCCCUGGUUCUUUUACCGCAUGCUGGCUCUUGCCCGGGUCUAACAGAUAGAUAGUAUUAAUUUUACACUGCAAAUGUCUAUGCAUGGUGAUGUGCCUUACAACCGUAUGAAGCACUAAGUUUGAACAAUAAUUUAUAGGAAAUAUCUGUCAAUGCAAUACACAGCCAAACACAAUUUCUCUACAACCAACAUAUACAUAUACAGUUUCACCCCUCACAUUUUUGCUAAUAUUUGAUUAUAUCUUUUCAUGUGACAACACUGAA